AUGAAAUCUUCGUUGGUCGUUUCUUCAGUUGUUCUAGCCGUUAUUUCGAUUGAUGUAGUUUUUUCAGGUUUGUCUUAGAAAUACUAGUUUCUUGGUGUGUUAAAAUCCCUUCUACUAGAAACUCGAGUGGCCACUUAAGAGAUUCUGCGAGGACUACUAGGAGAGAUCACUAUAGUGGCCACUGGAACCUUUUCUAUAGAAACCAAUAUUCUGCUUCUUAGUAGCCACCAUAGUAGUUUUCUAUGGAUUCGUAGUAUCCUGAGACUUCUAAAGACUCCACUCGAAUUUAGCCACUUGAGUGACCACUAACUCGACGACUAUAGUGGCCUUUAAAACAUCAAGACCCUUAAGUGGUUACUAGAAAUUUUCCCUGAUUUUUCGACUUGGCCCCUGAGAGCUUGAAAGUCUCUCAUGGCCCAAAGUCCCAAAAAAUACGGAUCUUCGUCUCGAGUUCUUUUGAAAAAAACUGCCAUGCUCCUUUAAAAAUCCCAGUUAAAAAUAGCUUAAUUUUUGGCGGCUGAAUCGUACUGAACUUAAAAAAACGUAAUUUUUCCAGUUUUCGCUAUAAAGUAGAGCUCAAUAAAGUUCCUUAAAAUAUUCAAAAUUUCCAGGAUCUUGGUAAUGCGCCCCAGACGUUUCCGAGAAUUUCUAGUGACCACUUGAGCGAAUUCAGACCCUGAAGUGGUCCCUAGAAUCGCUUAGAAACGACCGCGGCUACGACCGUAACGCAAACCGGACGUUUUUGAGUUUUUCUAGUGACCACUUUAGUGGCCGCAGAACCCUGAAGUGAUCCCUAGAAGUGCAGAGACACUUCCGCAGUGACCUCCGUACCCAGACCUUUCUUAGCUCUUCUAGGGGCUACUUUAGCGACUUCAGAAUCCUUACGUGGUCCCUAGAAUUGCUCAGAAACGUCCGCGGCGACCUCCGUAACGCAAACAGAACGUUUCCGAGCGUCUAGGGAUCAUUUUAGCAGCGCCUAAACACUUAAGUGAUCCCCAGAAGUACUGAAACACCAAUUGGGGUUACCGAGGUCGCCUCGACUUUUCCGAUAAGCUCUAGUGACCACUUUAGCGACUUCAGAACCCUUAAGUGAUCCCUAGAAGUGCUGGGACACAUGCGGGCCACCACCGCGCCUUACCAAGACCCCAGUUCCAACUUCCUGAAGGCCCUUAAAAAACCCCCAAUUACAGUACCUGGCCUCCGACCGCCGAUCGAAGAAAUGGGCAAUCCGACGGAGAAGCCGGUCCCGGUGCCCGUCGAAGCGUCGCCCGAAGAAAUCGCCAACAUCGGCAAAGGCGGGAUUCCCGGGCUGACCGGGGGCCUGCUUUCUGGCAAUUCCAGUGGAUCCAUCGACGCCGGGGCUCUUCUCAACGCCCUUCCUCUCGGCUUGGAAACCACGACCAAAUCCUCCUUCGCCACUUGGAUCAUCCUACCCAUCGUUUCGGUCUUUUUACGGUUCUUGUAA